GGAAGGGGGCGAUAGGGGGGGGAAACACAUACGAGAAAGAGAGAGAGAGAUAGAUAGAGAGAGAGAGAGAGAGAGAGAGAGAGAGAGAGACCGCAAAAUCUGCCAAGCCUUCCUGGUGCGAGGAUCUUGCCUUCUCUCGACACCAGUCUGUCGUUAAGAAACGAUGAGCUCGUGCAGCAGCCGGGCCCUCACACUCCUGUCCUCGGUGUUUGGGGCCUGCGGCCUGCUGCUGGUGGGGGUGGCCGUCUCCACCGACUACUGGCUGCUGAUGGAGGAGGGCAUCGUGCUGCAGCAGAACCAGACCACCGAGGUGAAGAUGGCCCUCCACUCCGGCCUCUGGAGGGUCUGCUUCGUGGCCGGGGCGGAGAAAGGGAGGUGCGUGGCCUCGGAAUAUUUCACCGAGCCAGAAAUAGAGAUCACGACUGAGAACACCGCAAACAUACUGAAAAUGGUUCGGACGGCCACGCCCUUCCCCAUGGUGUCCCUGCUCUUCGUCUUCACUGCCUUCGUCAUCAGCAACAUCGGACACAUCCGCCCGCAGCGCACCAUCCUGGCCUUCGUCUCCGGAAUCUUCUUCAUCCUGUCAGGCCUGAGCUUGGUGGUGGGGCUGGUGCUCUACAUCUCCAGCAUCAAUGACGAGGUGAUGAACAGGCCGCGUGAGCCCGAGCUCUUCUUCCACUACCACUACGGCUGGUCCUUCGCCUUCGCCGCCAGCUCCUUCCUGCUCAAAGAGGGGGCAGGGGUUAUGUCAGUGUACCUUUUCAUGAAACGCUACGCUGAGGAGGAGAUGUACCGGCCCCACCCGGCCCUCUACCGCCCCCGCCUGUCCGAGUGCAGCGACUACAGCGGGCAGUUCCUGCACCCCGAGUCCUGGCCCCCACCGCAGAGGGGCCGCAGCGCCUCGGAGGUCUCCAGCGACAUCUCCAUCCAGCUGAACCAGACACCCCCGCAGCCGCCCAAAAACAACCCCCAACAGAACCCUCCCGCCGGGGUGAUGGCGGCCUCCUCGGGCUCCUCGUCCGGGGCCAGCUACAAACUGCCCCCUCCCUCCUCCUACCCCCACUCCCACACCCUCCACUCCACCCACACCCUGUCCCACAUCCCGCCCUCCCACUCGGGCAACCCGCCCCAGUCCCUGCCCUUGGCCAUGCCCCCCUCGGCCGUGCCCCCGCCCCACUACCACACGCACCUCCGCAUGAGUGCCUCCCCCUGUUAGAUAGUGGGAGUGCGGGAUCAGACAACACACACACAGUGUUACUGAAGAGAGCCCCACACACGUACACACACACAGGGAGGGAGCGAGGUUGACUGAGGAAAUGAAAGCAGGGCUAGAAGUGGAUGAAGAUGUGUGAUAUAUGCGCACAAAUCAAGAGCGUACAUUUUAACUAGCUUUGAAGAAGCAACAGAGAGAGGGGAUGAAUCAUUAUUUAGUCAAUUUCCCCAAAACAGGAGAGAGAAAGAAAGAGCAGAGUUAAAAAGAGGAAUACACAGGGAUAAAACAGAGAGGGGGAAAGGGGUGAGGUAUACAACACAAAAACGUAUAUAUGAAAGAAAAAUAAUAAUUGUAUAUGCAUAUAGAUUUCUACAUAUACUGUAUGUAAACUUGCUGUAGUUAAUAACUUUAAUACUGUCAUGCAAUUUAAUUUAAUUCAUCCCUGAAUUCUUAAAACUGUCUUUCUUCUUAUGCCUUUCCAUUUAUUUUCAUAUGAAAUAAUAUUUAUGAAAUAUGACUUGAUUAAAAUUAUGGUAAUGAGUUAUUAUUAGUAGUAGUUGUAAUUAAAAGAGUUUUACAUUACUAGAAAAAACAUUAAAGUUGGCUCAAAAUGCACAUAUACAUUUAAAUGUAACUUUCUUGCAAGUUGGUUCAGUCAUUUGCAAGCAAGCUAAAUAAUAAUAAUAAUAAUAAUAAUAAUAAUAAUAAUAAUAAUAAUAAUAGAUCACACCAUGAUAAUAAAAGAUAUGAAAGAAAGACAUUUUGAGAUUUUAACAAAUUUACAAUAUCUCAGAUAGAACGUAUUAUUUCCCAUGUUAAACUCUACAGUCUACUAAUAACAACCAUGCUGUACAUACUAGAUAACCUGUAUUGUACAUAGAUAUCAAUGCGCCAUUGGCACAGGCAGAGACUCAUAAACAUCUCUGCAAAUUCUGAGCUCUAAAACAUUUGGGUGAGAGUCUAAUUAAUGUGAAUGCUUUGCCAGGAACGUGCGUGCUUUGUGAAUUGCACAGGGUGGACAAAUGGACCAAGAACAGCACAGGUCAGGCAUGUUCAGCAAAGUACAUCAGACUCCUUACAGCACAGUAGAAGCAAAUUGCACAGUGCAUUGCACCCCCUACAGAGGACAAAGUACACUAAAUUAUAACGUUGUAAUAAGGUGCCGACACUUUGCUGUGCAGGUGAAGAAUAGCGUGCACGGGCCAAGUCCUACACACAAGAUUUUUCUGGUCUCAUUGCAUAGUAUUUUACCGCACAGUUCUUCAAGUAUUGGAACUACCAGAAGUA